AUAUAGGUAGCCCUGGAGAUAUAUAGUAAGAUACCUAGGUUAGUAUACUUACAUGUAGGCAGGCAUAUUCGAAACUGAGCAAUUGAGACUUUCCGUAGCUCGCCCCAUCAAGGCCGCAGAUGGCGGUCAUACAGGGGGUUCAUUGGUUGCUGACGAUGCAACUGUCAACCAACAUGCCGCUUAAGGUACCAUUUUGACAACCCGAUUUUGAACAAUACGUGUAAAUAUGGGGUUUGGCUAUACUAUAUAGCAUCCCAUGGCCUUCAGUAGGUCAGCAAUGUGCUGCCUCAUGGCUUAGCGGUGUAGCAAUGUUAGUAUAUUUACUGAAUCGAAUUUUUGAAUUGAUAUAUCAAAAGUAUACGUUCUUUGUAAAGCAGCCAGAUCUUGGGGAACAUGAAGAAGAUGAGAAAAACGAAGACGAAGACGUCGAGGAACCGGAUCGAGAGCCGGCGUACCCUUACCGUGAACUCGGGAACGACGAAGUCCGACUCCUUCGUAUCCUGCCCGGAACUGGCACCAUCCAAUGUGUUCUUCACCAAAUGCCGUUGUCCGGAGUGAUGUGCUUCUUCGCCUUGUCCUACGUAUGGGGCGAUGCUUCUCCAAAGGAGACCAUCAUGCUGGAGGGCCACCCUUUUAAAAUCACGAGGAACCUCUACGAAGCGCUGCACCAAUUCAGACAGCGGCCCAAUGACAUGGGCCAUCCAAAAGACUACUUCUGGAUCGAUGCUAUCUGCAUCAACCAAGAAGACGUGGACGAACGAUCGCGCCAGGUAGAGCGCAUGAUGGACAUAUACCACGCCGGCCUGGUCCUCGUCUGGCUGGGGCCUGUCACGGAGCCAGACGACGGCUUUAUCAAUAACUUCAUCCGACGACACCGCCUGUCGCGAUAUAGCAGGUCGCGGGAUGCCUCGCUCAAGGUGUUAUUCGAGAAGACCAAUUCGAUGUGGAAGGACUGGGACCCCAUCGACGAAGACGACAACGUGGUUGUGCAGGAAGCGUUCGGGGAUGAAUACGGCGCCGUGGUGGGAGUCACCAUGUGGUUAUUGAGCCACGCGUGGUUUUCCAGAGUAUGGACCCUCCAGGAAUCCUGCAUGGAUGCCGUCCCGAGGUUUUUCGUGGGACCCCAUAGUGUCCAUUCGUCGGACUUCUACGACAUGUUCGAUAUUCUGGUCACCCAGGACCGCACCUUAUAUCUUACCCCGGGCGGCAGGAGGAUGGCGUCCCUCAAAAAGUUGCGUGAUGUGGACCGGGCUCUAGACUCUGGCAGCGACGACGACAUGCGAACAAUGGAAUUGGCGGAUGUCUUCUGGCAGCUAUUCAAGUUCUCCGGCAGAAAGCUGUCCACAGACCCUCGAGAUCAGAUUUAUGGGAUUCUGGGUCUGCUCAACUAUAUCAAGAACGAGGAGUUGCCGAAGGAGCUAGCACCGAACUACCGCCUGUCUUAUGAACAGAUAUACUGGGACUACGCUGUCUUUCUGUUCCAGUCUCUCGGGAAUCUAGAGCUUCUUGACUGCACCAACAGCGAGCUCCAAAACACACCGUCUUGGGUCCCCGAUUUCCGCCACAUGUCUACGGCGAGGACAAUACAUCGCGGAGAGAACGUACGGGUAUCCUCUGACAAACGGGUUUUGCAUGUCCAGGGCUGCGUGCUAGGGACGUUCCGCGACUUCCUCCCCGGCUGUCCCAUGGCGCAGAUAUGGCCGAAAGGCAAGUCGAUACCGGUCGAGCUGACAAAACGGCUCCAGGAGGUCGAGGACCGCAUCCUCAAACUAUCCGUAAAAAUCACGGGGAGCACCCUCGAAGAAGGCUUCAACGAACUGAUUCGCAACGUGACGCGUAUCAUCCCCGACGACGUGGAUGAGACAUUCCACCAGGUAUAUCGUCGCCUGAGUCUCCCGGUCGACAGCAAGACCCCGCCCUGGCCCCUGAAAAGAAGGAGGACGAUGAAUAUCCAGAACAAAGAAGAAGCCGUCGCCGAUCAGUUCAGCAACGCGUUCCUGCUCCUCCACGACGGCUCCAUCAUGCGCGUGAAUAGGGCCCACGUGCAGGCCAAGCCCGGCGAUGUGAUAUGCAUCUUCAAGGGAUCGCUCAAGCCGACCCUAGUGAGGGCUUCGGGAGAAAGCUACACGUUCCUAGGACAGUGUGACGUGAGGGGCGGUCCGCUUAAUUCGCAAAACUUUGAUGACGAUUUCUGGGCUGACAGAGAAAUACAAGAUUUCAGUUUGAUAUAAUCUAGCUGAUACUGACGGGAGAGGGCCACUACUUCACCGUGUAUUUGCUUAAAAGUAUGAUAGGAUAACAAAAAGCUACAAUACAUUUAUACAUGAAUAUCAUGCCUAUCCGCCAGCCUCAUGUAACAUCUGUAAAGUGAAUAGGUGCUAGACACCUAGAUAUAUUUUCAAACGGGAAACAGCAGCUUUGAUUGGAGCUUGAUAUUCCUCUCACACCUCCUAGGUUCCUAGGCAUGAGUGUAAGAUAUCAUGAGACAUUUUAGUUUGUAUCAAGUCAUUCCCACUAUGCUUGAAAGUCACCCUUGAUCAAGGAAAGGGGAAAGCCCAGCUAACAAUGAUAACGUCGGCGAUAACUGACUUUCUAACCAACCAUGCUGCCUGUUUGAAUGUAAGUGAUUAUGA